AUGCCAUCAACAAGUAAAGGAGGUAUACUCAAGUCUGAAGCCACGUACUUCUUCGUUCUCGAACUUGCAUCUGCUUUCGUUCUAUCGGCUGCUCAUAAUGUUCUUUUCUUCGUUCUCGAUAUCAAAUUGAUUGCAACUAGUUUUGCUCAGUUCUUUUUCACAUUCCUUUUUCUGAAACUGAUUCAUUUUGCCAACUAUAUUCCACAGGCUCAUAUUCCGAAAAAGGUUAUUCUCCCAGCUGCAGGGGCCAAACUUCUGGAAGUUCUGAUUGGUUCCUUGGCCAAUUCUCAUAACCGAACUGGUGAACUUUAUCUCGUCAGAAUCUUCGAUUUCCUCUUCGCUGGUUGUGUUCUCUUCUACUUUUCGUCCCGUCAAAAUGGGAAGGGACUGACGAAAACUGACUGUUGGCUAGUUGCUCCUCUUGCCAUCGCCGUAUCGAUAUCUUGGUUGGAACCAGGUCAAAUUGAAUACACAGGAGUAUCACUAAUUUCUGCAUUCAUUCUUCCAUUCUCAAGAGCAUUAUCCUUCAUUUUAUUGAAGAAUUCCAUGGAUUUCAUGGGAAAAGGUCACAUCAAUGCGUUCAUGUUGGAUUACACUCGUCUCGUCACAAUUCUUCUGUUCCUUCCAGCACUAUUAUCUUAUUCAAUGAGUAGUGUGGAAGUUACAGCAAGUUGGGAAUCUAUUGAUUAUGUCCUAAUGUCUCUUUCAUUCAUUUUCAUGAUCUGCAACCUUUACAGUCAGCUUUGGUUAACACUCAGUCUCUCUCCAAAUGUCUAUUUGGUGUUCGAGAAUUCGAGAAAUCUUCUGGCAUCUUGUGCCCAAUGGAUAAUCCAGAAUAUGGCCCAUCCCAGUUUGAUUGCGUUCGGAGCGAAGUUAGUGGGAUUUUCAUCAAUUUUCAGAAUCUGGACAAGAUCUUGA